UCUCUGCCAUUGCGAGGCCGAGAGCCCGAAGGCAUGUGGAAUCUCUUGUCCAUAGUGCGAGAGAUGUUCAAACGGAGUGACAGAAACGCUAUACCGGUUUUGGAGAUCAUCACUGAAGAGGUUAUGGCGUGUGAACAAAUAAUAGUGUGGUGGUACAGCACAAAAGCAGCGCUGGUGGCGUGGGGCGGCGGCGGCAAGCACGGCGGCAGCGGCAACUCCGCCGCGCAGCACGCCUGCUCGUCCUUAUGCGAUGAGGUUGUGGUACUUUGGCGUCUGGCUGCCCUGAAUCCCGGUCUGGCUCCUCAUGAACGCGACACUUUGCAUGAGCAGUUCACUCAGUGGCACAUGAAAGUGUUAGAUAAGGUCGCCAAAAACCGCAACAACCACAUGGGGAGCUCAUCAUCCCACACCCGCCACACAAGGACCCACUCCCAUCCCCCGUACAUCAACGGGAUAUCCGAGAACGAAGUGUUCCCAGGCUUCCAGCCCGCUAUGGAGGCCUGCUAUCUGGAGUGGGAUGACUAUCAGAUACCCGGAGUGACUUACACUAAGGACCUGAACCCACUGUAUCACAGUCCGUUUACUAUAUUCAGGCAUGCCGAUAAACAGACUGAUGUGCAUCAGGUGAAUUCAUCAAAAGCAGUAUUAAACAACGAGAUGUCUUUGAGCUACCGUCUCACCAACCCAGACCCUCACCGCACUUUGGUGCAUCGGACCAGAAUUAAUGUGGACUUGGCCAUCCCGGGACCUUCAGGGCAACAACCUUGUGGGUCGGGUGAGGGCAGCAGUGAGCAACCGGGACCCAGUGAUGGAAACCAUUCAAGCGUUUCGUCUGAAGGUUUCUGCGAGAAUGAGGAAGAGAUCCUAGUAGCCAGCGGCGUUGACACGGACUCGCAAGAGUCCAGCUCACCCGCCGUAUCUUCCGACGACGCGGCGCGACGUGUGUCCAAUGAUGAUUCCGUCUCAGAUGAUGACUGCAACCUGUAUUUCUAUGACACCGCGGCCGCCAGGCGCGCCGUGGCCGGCGAGGGCACCAGCGGCACUGCUGUGGGCACCAGCGGCACUGCUCCAUGCUCGGCCGGCGCGACGCCGGGCUGGGAGUGCGGCUGGGAGGUGUCGUUCGCGCGCGCGGAGGGGCUGCAGGCGCACGGCCACGCGCGCGACGCCUGCGCGCUCGGCGCGCGCCUCGCCCGCGAGCUGCUCGCCCGCCCGCCCGCACUAGGCGGCACCAACAGCCACGACAUGAGAAAAGCGCGACGCCGUCACAUGCCGUCCCCCCGGCUGUGCGCGGCCAGCCACCGGCUGUCUUGCCUCGCGUCGGCCACCUUGGCCAAAUGCGCCUUCUUGUGCACCGUCCUAGCAGAAUUCAGCGAGCACCACGAACUAGCUUUCCGCGUGGGUCUGUUCGCCCUAGAAAUGGCGAGACCCCCGGCCAGCACCAAAGCCCUAGAGGUCAAACUCAACAACCAGGAGACUGAGCUAGUGGCGCUGCUGAAGAAACUCCCUACUGGGCCUGAACAGCUGGCUUUAGCUAGGGAGAAGGCUGAGCAACUCCGUGACGGCAUGCUGAGAAAUAGAGGACCCGCUCUGCUACCCAUCGCACUAGCAAGUUUCCUGUUCGACGUCUUAGUUUUAUCUGCGACUGACAAGGAAAACAAGCACCCUGCGAGACAACCUUCAGAUGAAGCCCUCGGCUUCGAGGCAGCAGUAGCCGCUCUCGGCCUAAAGGCGAACGUGUCCGAAGCCGAACACCCUUUACUAUGCGAGGGCACGAGACGCCAGCGCGGAGAACUGGCGUUGACCCUGCUGGCUUUCUACAAGGACGACUCUGUCAAGCUGGCCAGGAUCAUGAAUAAGCUGCUGGACCGCGACAUCCACCAGCUGACGAAGGGGCCGAUGGUGAGCGUGUACUACACCAACAACCCGCGCCUGGCCGCCUACCGCGACCAGCACCCGCACCCGCACGCCCACCCGCACCCCGCCGCCGCGCAGCCUCAGCCGCCGCCGCAGGUACAAUGCCAGCUGGUCGCCGAAAUGGAGCGACUGGUCGUGUCGGAGGGCGGCGCGAGUCCGCCCGCGCACCCGCCGCCGCACCAGCAACCACCGCACCAGACGCUCGCCAGGCCUAAGGACUCGAGAUACAAAGGCAAAAGGCUGUACCCGUCAGUGCCUAACCAGCCCUCGGAGGCGUCAGCGCACUUCAUGUUCGAGUUGGCCAAGUCCGUGCUCUUCAAGGCUGGGGGGUCCUCUUCUACCAGCCUCUUCACGCAGACCUCCUGUGCGCGGGAACACCAUGGACCACACCGAGGUUUGCAUAUGGCGGCAUUCCAACUCGGGCUGUACGCGCUGGGGCUUCACAACUGCGUCAGCGCAAACUGGUUAAGCCGCACAUACUCCUCGCACGUCAGCUGGAUCACAGGUCAAGCAAUGGACAUCGGAGCGCCCGCGAUCCUGUUCUUGAUUGACGCUUGGGAGGGACAUUUGACGCCGCCCGAAGCUGCGGGUAUUGCUGACAAGGCAUCAUCGGGCCGGGACGUGCACACAGUGCGCGCCGCAGCGGAGCUAGCCUUGUCCGUGUUGCCGCACGCACACGCGCUCAACUACAACGAAAUACAACGCGCCGUGUUGCAGUGUAAAGAACAGAGCGACGCGAUGUUGGAACGGGCGUGUUUGACCGUCGAGGCGGCCGCUAAAGGCGGCGGAGUUUACCCCGAAGUCCUCUACACCGUGGCCCGCUACUGGCACGAGCUCUACCUGCGUCAAGCGAACGAGGAUACGGAGCCGCUACUGGAGGAGCCGCAGUACCGCGCCGUGCCGCCCGUGCACGUGCCCGUGCCCUACCCGCUGCCCUACCCCUUCACCUACCACCCCUACCCGCCCAUCUACCAGCUGCAGUACGGCGGCGCGCCACCGCCACACGCAGUGAGCGGCCAAUACGCGCUCCCUCCAUACUUCGUGCGCGGCCUCGUGCCGCACGCCCCGCUCGCGCCGCUCCCGGCGCAGAUGCCGGCCCAGUUACCGGCGCACGCACCGCACACGUCACACCAGUCGCACCAGCCGCAUGCGCAGUUACCGCAACACGCGCAGUUACCGCAGCACCCGCCGCCGCUGCCGGUCAAUGUCAACCACGGCGCACCCAUCCCCCCUCCGCUGCCCGCUAUUCCCGGCGUGGCGGGCGUGGCGGGCGUGGGCCCCGGGGCCGCGCACGGCGGCGUGGGCGUGGCCGCGCCUCUCCCCGCGCCCGUGGCGCCGCCGCUACCUCAAGCGCAGCUGCGGCGGCUGCUGGCCGCCUAUCGCGUCGGCAUGCUGGCCUUAGAGACGCAGGCGAGGCGGGUGCAUGACGAUCGUCCGCAGAACAAAUUCGGCAGGAACCCACCGUACGGCGAGCACGUGAAGUGGCUCCUCCGCAUCUCGAAGCGGCUCGGCGCGCAGUACCUGCACCAGUUCUGCGUGUGCGCGGUGAACUCGGUGGUGUCGCCGUUCGUGCUGUACGAGCUGUGCGUGGAGUCGGCGCACUGGCUGGCGCGCGGCGGGCCGCACCACCUGCUCAUGCAGCACCUGCGCGGCACGCUCGCGCCGCUAGUGCAGAAGUGUCAGCAGAUGUACAUCCAGUGCAUACACCAGAAGCUGUACCACCUGACGCCGGUGGAGUACGAGGAGUUCGUGAGCAUCGUGCUGUCGGCGCGCACCGCCUUCCAGCUCACGCCGGAGGGCAACACGCAGUUCAAGGAGUGGCUCGCCUCGCUGCGGAGAUCCAAAUCGUGCAAGAAGGACCUUUGGACCCAACUGAACGCCGCUCUCCAGACGAACGGCAAAUGACGCCGGCAGCCGAUAGUUUGUCUGGUGCGGUAUACCGCGCGCAAACUGUCACAAUACAGGCGAUGGCCGCGAUUCCGGCUCCUCUAUCAAUUGCACACUCUCUAAUAUUACACCUUGUGUUAUUUGUAAUAGAGUCGUUUCUCGCUCACCGAUCGUCGCUUAUUUGUGAGUUUUAUAUGACAGUUCGGCACAUUUGUAAUCGUAUCGAGUUAGGUAACCGCUAGGGUUUUUAUUCAUUUUGUGUACGUUGCGCUACGUCCCCAUGCAGACAUUGGCGAUGAGUCAAUUUACAUCGAGCAUAUGGUAUCAACAAAAUAUAACCACCAUUAAAUCUACUAGUUCAAUUCUGCUGGUUAAAAACUAACUAAUAGGUACGUGUGAUCUCCGCGUAUUAUACUUGAAAGUCAACGUCAAAAAUAUGCAUAUAUUUAUCGUCUUAUUUCAAUAGGAUAAGAUGUAAAAGUGUAACUAAAUAUAUCUUUGACGUCAACCAUACGUGUAUACUUCAUAACAUAAUAUUGAUUGUUUGAGAUAGAUUUGCUAGUCAAGCAUAUAAAUGUGGGACGUAGCAUGACUUUAGAUUUUUCUCUAUUAUUUCUGACGUGGCCGCGUUGCGUGCACUAUUUAAUACGCAUCUCCAUUACAAAUAAUACACGCUUUUCGACUCGAUUUGAGGCAACACCUCUAUUAGUAGUAGCAUAAUAACUCAUUAGAGGUAAUCGAUCUCAGAACAGUUGUAUCGAUAAUCAAAAAUGUUGCUAACUCCUGCAUCUUAUAAUAAUCAUGCCUAAAUACUUAAUGAGUCCUGUAAGUGGACUUGUGUGACGAUUAUCCAUCUCGAGUAGUCAAAAAUUAGAUCUCAAUUUGUAAAUAAUUUGUAGGAAUCGCGUAAAUUAUCUUCAGUUUCAUUUGUUAUACUUCAAAGUUGAUUCAAGCUCAUUUGAAGGUUGUGCAUAAAUAGUCUGAGGUUCGGUUGUUACCUGAGCUCUGUCGGAAACUGCGGCUAAGACAGUCCGUUCAUGUAUUCGAGAGUCGCCUUUCGAUCAACUAAGGAGUUUAGCAACAUUUACUUUGUUAUAUUCGAACUUAUUUAUAUAUCUUGCAAUGUAAUAAUUACAUCUCAAUUUAUUAUUUCCAAUGUAUUGUGACAACUCUUAUUUAUUUAUACAUUGCACUAUUUUGUAUACACAUGAUUUGCUUAUUUCGACUUCCUUGUAUGUUUAACGUUAAUUAUAGUCUUGGUAAACUGAACUGUACGCGUAGCCAAGGUGACAAUCGUUAACGCUAAUCUCAAAAAAAAAAUCGGAACAACUGAUGCUAACGAAAAAUCACGUGAAAAUUUCGAUACGUUACUUAUUUUUCAAUUCGCGUUACAAAUUCACGAUUGUGGUCUUGGCAACGCCCCCUGUUAACUAGUCAAUGGUUUUGAGGAAAUAUCAUUGGUGAACCAGUGAAGCUUCAACGCUUUAGCUCAUUUAGUAUCUUUUUAUAAUAGUUUAAGAUGCUGGUUUGAUUUUAGUGCCUUCUGCCUAUAAACGUCUCCUCGUUUCGAAUGUACGCGAAAGGCAUUAAAUGAGAAACUCUUUCACGACAAAUGUUAAUCAAAUGCAGUUAUUUUGACUUAAUUUUUUAUGUUUUUGCAUAAUCUGUGGUUUGAUUAACAUUUAUUUUUUAGUUAAAUACGCCGGCGUGGUGGUACCUUACUCCCAAGUAAAUAUCUAAUAUGUUUUUAAAUUUCGCACAAAACAUUAUUUUGUUGUGAUGUCUUUGUGGUUUACAUUACGUCCAUAAGUUUCAAUAAGUAAAUCAAUUUUUAAAUUGUGUUGACUGGUCCUAUAACCAUUUAUGGCUAGUUGUCCACCGCGCCGUGUGACGGAUGCACUCACUGCAGAGGCGUUUUAGUUACAAAGAUCUCCAUCACGUGUGUAAGUACCUUAAACAAAAUGAUUGUCCUUCUUUACUCGGUUUAGCGUAUUUAUUUGUACUUUUACUUAAUAUUGUGAGUGCAAGACUUUGUUGGAGCAAAACUGUCAGUUUAGAUUAUAAGCUUUUUUGACACUCCUUAUAUCAUUUUGGACAUUUUGUUUAUCUGAAUGUCUUACUGUAUUGACGAAGUGUAAAGAAUUCAAAAUUGAUAACAAUAGUCCAUGUUAUAUUUGGUAAUUGGCUUAAGAUGUUUCAAGUGACCUAAUAGUGUCAUUAGACUACAAGAUAUUAGACAGAAUGUAGAAGACGCCCGUCGAUUCACUAUUUUUGAUAUUCUCUUGUCGAAAUUUGCAGUUUCAUGGAUGUAAAGUACUAGCGUCUUGGUGAAAUAAGGUAGACGUGUGGUCGAUUCUAUAAUAACUUUAUUUACACAUAUUAUAAUAUUAUAUGCAGAGUAGCAUCUUGAAGCCUUUGAAAUAUAUAAUGUAUAGUCUGACGCGCCGGCAACAGAUUGGCAGACAAAUUCAACCUGACUUGAGCUAGUAUCAUUCCGAUGUAAGACCCCGAAAUAAUACAUGCCUUUUGUUCAUACAAAAUUGAUGCAUAAUAAAAUUGAUGAUUCCAUAUGUUCUUCCAAGUUCAAAAAGCAAUAUUAAUAUAUCAUUUUAUAAGCGUAUUUUAUAUGACGUAGCACAUCUAUUGUAAGGAAUAUACCGCUCGUAGGUAUUAAAUGUUCUGCUACUUUUUUGAGCAUUCGGUGUUUUUAAUAAUACGUUUUAUACAUUUUAUACAAUCAUGGACAAAAUAUUAAUGUCGUGUGAAAAUACAAAUAAAAGUGUCGUUGAAAUUUUAUUUAAAGAUGACAAGUGGUAGGUAACUCAUUUCUAAAUCUUAAUAUUCAUUAUAGCUUAUAAUAAGAGUAAGUAUGUAUGUUGAUGUUGCAUAUUGUCUUUAAUGUUGAGUCCUGUGUGUAAAGUACAAUCAAGCAAAAUGAUAUGUACGUAGCUUAACAGUCCUUGCUACUGGAGCAUUCCAUGAAAUUGCCUACCGUUUGUCCCGUACAAACGCGAAUUUUCUGAAAAUUUGUAGGUAUAAGAGUUUCCUUUUUAUGACAAAUGGGUAAAAAUAUGCACAGAAAAAUCAUCGCCUGCUUUAAACGCCGAAAAAAAAGUCGCAACACAAGAAAUAAAAUGCGUUUGUACGGGACAGCCCGUGGAAUGCUCCUACUAUUGGACGUCACUCUACACGUGGUUUCGAGUCCCAGAUUAGACGGCCGUUCCGACAGCUGAAAUUAAUUCGGAUGCGUAGCUCGCAGCUCGGGAGUAAUCGUGCCUAAUUUAUACGACAUUAGAGCAACCCAUUGUGCCUUGACAUCAGUCGAUCGUGGUCAGGAUACUCGUUCAUUACGCGCCUCGCCCGAAUGGCGGGAGCUCCGUACGAUACACGGGCAUUUUCAUUUGGUUGUACGUUUAGGCCUAACUUAAGUGUAUUUAGUUGAACAAAGCAUCUAACUUUCAGAUCGUCAAUAAUAUCUUUAACUUCUGUCAAAAACAAUUCCAUACAUUCAAGUAUAAAUGAGUUUUGGUUUCGGCAAAAAAACCGGCUUCGUUGAACACUAAUAGGUAUUUGACGACUGCUACCCAGUUAUGGUACAAUUUUGAAUGAAUAUGCCCACCAGCUACCUACUUGUAAUAAAUCGGUAUUGAAAUUAGUGGUAAAAAAAACUUGAUUCGUGUAGUUUUAAAUGUGAAGAAGUGCACUGUUUAUGACUAUAGAUAUCAUCAAUAGCCAAGCCAUUUAGACUAAUUUAGAGUAAUACGUAAGGGUGGUAUUCUACCUGUCCAAUUUCUUUGACCAAUAUAAUUAAUUGCGUCGCAACCUCUCAUUGAGCAAAAUGUGAGACGCAAUACACAUUGGACAAAGAUAUUGGACAAAUGGAAUACCACCCUAAAAUAUAGGCAAAUCUCAUCUGUUUCCCUCAAAAAUUCGUCAGCAAUGAAAUUGGAUGAUCUCACAUUGGAAUGAUAUAUUUGUUGCCGGCCCCGCGUUGCGUAGUUUUAGUUCAAUAUCUUUAUAAAAUUAGAUGUUUAUGUGCAUUCAUUAAAAGUAUGGAUGUCUUCAACAUUCAGUAGAUAGUAAAUUUUAGGAUGCUAGUUAGUAUAAAGUGACGUUGGAAAAUCAUUCGAAAAUUGCUGCGCCAGCUGAAUCUUUUAUCGUAUUAAAGGAAAAAAAUCUGUAAAGGAUUUUAUAGAUAUACAACUCCCAGUAUUCAGUGUUUGCAUGUAGAAUACUUAACCAUUUAGCGCAAUAGUUUGCAAUCUCUGAGUCGUUAAUAAUGCACUUUGGGUUGCGUGCGUCGCGGGGAUACCCUCUGCGCUCCGAGUUCUACCGACUCGACUUGUAACAGCAUUAGAUAUCUAGAGGGCGUUCAUAAUAACACGGGUUUAAAUUCAUAAUAACUAAUACAUUGAUUGUUUGAUUAGGUACAGUCGAAUUCAAAGAUAUGUUUACAUUUUUCGCCUUAUUACAAAGGAGUAAGGUGCAAAAGUGUAAACAUAUCUUUUACGUCGACCUUCACGUGGGAGUGAGCUACAGCGAGGUUCGCGAGGCAUUCCCCUACCGACGCUCGCAUCCAUCGCACUUCUGUAACAUACGAAUAAAGUGUUCAUAGUCUUUCGUAAUUAAAUUUGUCAUAAUAACUCGCCGUCCAUAAUUUAUUUGCGAAUCUGAAUGAGCGUAGGCUUUGUUUUGCAUCAUCUUCCUAUUAAAAUCAUAAAUAUACUUAUAUUUAUAUUCAAAUAUUGCAGAAUUUAAAUAUAUUGUGCUCUUUGGGCAUUAUUAACAUUAUCUGGUGUAAUUUCUCUGGAGAUCACUUUUUUUCUCCAUAAUGGCAUUAAAAGUGCUUCGACAUUAUGUCUCAAAGAACUAUUUUUACACUUUGAAGCAUAUAAAAAAAAAGAUAAAUAUAUCGUUAGUUUGGUAAAUAUAGUGCGUUAGUAUGAGCAUAUUUUAAUUAGUCGUUUAAUGCAUGUUCAUAGUCUGUAACUUGUAAUUCGCCCAGUUUUAGCGAGUCGGCGAGGUUUCGUAUUGUGGUUUUAUUUUGUUUGCUGGUUAUCAAUCAACGUUACAUAUCAGUUGGACUUUGCUUAAUUUAUAUUAUGCACCACGUGUUCUAUCAUUUUCUACCUACUCGAUAUAGUUUCGUCGAUGCCAUGGCAACAUAUUUGGCUGAAUUUCAAUAUCAAGUUGGUUAGAUUCAUGUUUAUCGUAGCGCGUAGUAAAGCGGAUUGGACAUACAGCGAUAGAACAAAAGUUUCAUCAUAAUAAUCGUUCGAAGGCGUCAAGCCGCCAGUGCCUAAUCAUAAUAGAGCAAAUACAGCAACUUACUCUUCUGCCUGUAGCGAGAGAUCACUCGCGCGCGUUAACUCGGUACAAGAGUCAAUAUUCUCUUCGAACUUAUCGAGGUAACGCAUGCGAGGUGAUAUAUUGUAUGAAUCCUUCGUAAAUCCUUCGCAGCCGUUUAUAAUAACGGCACUAGAAUAUGUCGAGCGUUCGCAGCUUGAGUGAAUUUAUUGAUUCGGUCGUGUUUAGCGGAUUAUAAGUUGUCCUGUCCCGUAAUACUCAUGGCAAUGCACGUUGAACACUACGUCACAUCACAGUCGGUUAGUUAUUAUACAGUAUAGCAAGUCUGUUAGUCCAAAUCGACGAUGCAUAAUUAUUUUAUACAUCUGGAUUUGUAGUUUAAUUAUACACUUUGUAAGUGUGGUGUCUCCGCCUAUUAAAAUAUGUAACCAUUACAGUUCGAGUGGCUACUUAUUAGAGUACGUAAUAAAUUUAUAUAAUGAUAUUUUUUUUAGUUUCAUGUCGCAUACAAUAUUCGUUGUCAUUUCGAUUACACGUUGGUACAGUGAAUUGUUAUCAUAAUUUAAAUUGUUUGGUGUAAGAUACAUAUUUAUGCUCACAAUUGCAAGACGCAUGAUUUGUUGGCAAAUAGCGUGCGCCGCUGCCGGCGCCCGGCGCUCCGCGCGACAACCGUCGACUCUUGCAGGACGUAAGACUGACAAGCACCUUGUGAAGUAGUCGAAUGUGGAGUCCUUAUUAAAAAUAUAUGUCCAGGAUGUCUGAAAACAACCCUCCAUUCACCCGUGUUUAAAAUUAAUACUCCUUGUUUACUCCUCACAUUGUUUUAUGACAUCCUGCAUAUAAUAGAAGUGCCCAUACAUUUAUAUUUAAAAAUUAUAUAUCUAUAUAGCACUAGACAUUUUGCUCCGUUGUCGCAAAUGGUUGUAAUUAUAAAGGUAUAGUUAAUAUUAAUAGUUAAAUGAUAGACUGUUUUGCACGAUUUCUGGUGUGACGUGAUCACAGGUCACUGCUCCGGGUUGCGAGGCGGGCGGUCUAAAUCUUUGUGAUGACAAGUGGCAAGUAGCGAGUACUCGCUCACUCGCCCACUCGCAACCCGCACUUUUUUAACAUUCGGUAUUCUACCUACGCAAUAUCUCCCCACUAUUAUAAAAUGUAUGUUUCAACUCAAAACUCGAAAUAUUUUGACCUCUACAUCAUUUUUAUUACUUUUACGAUUACACAUAUUAUAAUAAGUCUUUUAUUGAAGUAACAUUAUUUAAUUAUUCAAUAUACUUAUUCUAUAUUUAAGACAAA